AUGGGUGCCUCGUUCUCGCGCUGCUUCUGUCUGGCCGUGGGCGUCGCGUAUCCGGCGUACGCGAGCUUUAAGGCUAUGGAGCGAUCUGAAAGUGGUCACGACAACAAGCGGUGGCUUACAUAUUGGGUUGUUUACGGUGCCACAACGUCCGUCGAGUCGGUGGCAUCGCCUCUCAUGUGUCUCGUACCUGGAUACAACAUUACGAAGACACUGUUUCUCAUCUGGAUGAUGUCUCCACAUACACGGGGAGCGACGAUCGUGUACGAGAAGCUGUUGUGCCCAUUCCUGAAGGAAAAGGAGCCAUAUGUGGAUCGUAAGCUGCAAGAAGCUCAAGAAGCUGCAGAGAGUGUUUUAUCCUCCUUCAUACGAUCGUGGGGACAGACAAUUGUGGAUCAAGUUGUUGCGAUUCAGAAGAGCGACGAGUUUAAACACAUUUGCCUGAUGAUCAGAGAACUGGCGUCGCACGAUCCGCCCAAGAAGAAGAAGAAGAAGAGGAACACAAGUAUUGAUAUGAGCAAGGAGUCGACGAAUGAAGAAUAA